CGCCCGACCAGAUCGUAUCGGUUUUUUUUUCGUUCCAACGCUCGAAGUGCUGCAAAAGAAGGGUAGCAGAAAAGUUGACACCAUGGAACUUCUGAGGAAGUUUUGGCAGUUAUCAGUGAUAGCAAACCUGUUAUUUUGUGUGGCGUUGUCGGAAGCGGCAUUUGAACCAAACGUCACAGAUGCCACCAGUCAAAUAGUGCCACCACUGUUUCGGUUCGACGAUUACGAUCAAUGCCAUAGCCGUCUGAACCCGGGCCAGGGGGAGUACUGUUUCAUGCGAGUGGUCCGAAAAACUGACCGGCCAGAUCCGAUCGAUUCCGACCGAAUUGAGCUGUCUUUCCGGAGGAACCUGCUCGAAUGGGGCCUCUGCAUUCGAACGUGCGAGGAAGAAGUGGCACGCCUGAGCAAACAAGAAGCUGACCGUUUGUAUCAACCGAAAUUCAAAAUCGGCUUCAAGUUUUCGAUACCAUCUCGCUACUGGCACGAGCGUGUGAAACCGUACAAGGAAAAAUACGGCCGGCUGCUCAACGUCUGCGUCAACAAUCGCCUGAAACGCGAGUACAACCUGACGCAUCCGGCGGCCUAUUCCGAGUUUGAGUACUGCAAUGAUAACAGCGAUCUGGCCAAAGCUGAAAGCAGAGAUAUAGAUUGGAUCAAAGUUGCGUUCAUCGUAUUACUGGGAGCACUGGUUUUAACCAUUUUAGCUGCAAACAUUCUGGAUUGGACCGAUAACAGAAAUAACAUCAUAGUUUCGUCGUUUUCGUUAAGAGAAAAUUGGAAGAAAUUUGUGGACACCCCCAAAACGACGAUUUACCAGGAUUUUGGUUUCAUCGACGGAAUCCGAUCGUUUAUCAUGAUUUACAUUCUUCAAAUUCACUGCAUGAUUUUGCUAGGGCAAUCCGCCCUACAGUUCCCAGAGCGAUUUGAAACUAUCUCAAAAUAUUCGUUCACCACCAUUAUAGUUUCAUUGACCCCAAUCUCGGUGCAAACAUUUCUAGUCAUCAGCGGGCUGCUUCUAACGGUGAACUUCUUCAAAGAUAUUCAGAACAAACCAACAGUUGAUGGAGAAUAUCUUAAGUCGAAAUUCGUCAACCGUCUGAUACGGAUAGUUCCGGUGUACUAUUUUUUCAUUCUCGUCACAGCUAUUGGGGAGUCCAUACCCGGUGUAGAUGUGAACGCUGCAUCACACAAGACCAUACUGACGGAACAACAGUACUGUAGACGGCUUUGGUGGACAAAUAUACUGUUUGUUAGUAAUUUACCGUUGAGUGAGGAGACUUGUUUCGAGCAAGGAUGGUAUCUGGGCACGGAUCUGCAGCUUUUCGUGGGGGCCCUAGCGCUACUGACCGCCAUUUGGAGGUUCCCGAAACAUGCCAAGUCUAUCUUGUGGACUUCAGUGAUAGUUUCGCAGUUGGUGCCGCUGGGUGUUUUGUUACUUCUGAGGUUGGAGUCAUCGUUACCGGUACGAUUAAGGUAA